AGCCUCCCAACCACCAGAAACACCCCCCCACUACCGCUCCCUCCUCCUCCUCCCACACGGACAAGAUAUUCAACAACAAAAUUCUCACCGAAGCCUCCAAAGCGCCCCUCAGGGCUGUCGCGCUGGCGUCAUUUCUGGGCGACGGUUUUGCCGCCCUCGGUAGUAGCCGAGCACCGCCGGUCAAGGAUCUAAUGGCAUUCGGCGCGGUACUACACACAAAUCAGCACAGUAUCGGUCGCAGUGAACCGCCUGUGGGCGUGGGCGAUCCCUGUGCUGGCUGCAAUAAACCGAUCCUGGACAAGUUCCUGCUGAAUGUCCUCGAACGCGCCUGGCACGCCUCCUGCGUGCGAUGCUGUGAAUGCCUCCAACCGCUCACCGACAAAUGCUUCAGCCGCGAAUCGAAGCUCUACUGUCGCAACGAUUUCUUCAGACGCUAUGGCACCAAGUGCAGUGGCUGUGGCCAGGGUAUUGCGCCAUCGGAUCUGGUGCGUAAGCCACGGGACAAGGUUUUCCACCUAAAUUGCUUUACAUGUUGCAUAUGCCGCAAGCAGUUGAGCACCGGGGAGCAGCUGUACGUUUUGGAUGACAAUAAGUUUAUCUGCAAGGACGAUUAUCUGCUGGGCAAGGCGCCAUCCUGCGGCCACAAUUCACUGAGCGAUUCAUUAAUGGGCUCGGCGAGCGAAGACGAUGACGAUGAUGAUCCGCCGCAUUUGCGGGCCACGGCACUGGGUUUGGGCGUACUCGGACCGAAUGGCCCAGACUCAGCGGGUGGACCGCUGGGCACAUCGGAUAUAUCAGUACAAAGCAUGAGCACCGAUAGCAAAAAUACCCAUGACGAUUCCGAUCAGGGCUCCUUGGAUGGGGAUCCGGAUGGACGCGGCGAUUCACAGGCGGAGAACAAAAGUCCCGACGAUGCCAAUGGCUCGAAGCGUCGCGGUCCCCGCACCACCAUCAAGGCCAAACAGCUGGAGGUACUGAAAACGGCAUUCAAUCAGACACCGAAACCGACACGCCACAUUAGGGAGCAACUGGCCAAGGAAACGGGACUGCCCAUGCGCGUCAUACAGGUCUGGUUCCAGAACAAGCGCUCGAAGGAGAGGCGCAUGAAGCAGAUCACCAGCAUGGGUCGUCCCCCGUUCUUUGGCGGUGCACGCAAAAUGCGCGGCUUUCCCAUGAAUCUCUCGCCGGGCGGCCUAGACGAUGGACCCGGAUUUCCCUAUUUUGCAGCAGACGCUAAGUUCGAGUUUGCUUACGGCGGUCCGUUCCAUCCGCACGACGGACCCUAUUUCCCAGGACAUCCCGGCGGACCAAUGCCGUUCAAUGCGCCAGGCGGACCCAUGGACCACAGCGGACCCAUUCCGAUGGUGAACGAGUUCGGACUGACGCCGGAGUCGACCUUUCUGAGUCAGGCGGGGGCACCGCCGAUGCAGCUGCAGACGGCCGUGGGGCCACCACCGCCGCCGCCGCCACCGAGCGCCGAGCACUUGAUGGCCGCCGCGCAGCAACAGGCGGCAGCGCAGCAGCAGCAGCAACAACAACAGCAGCAGCAGCAGCAGGCGGCACAGAAUGCGCAACAAGCAAGCCAAACGCAGCAGCAGCAGCAGCAACAAAAUGGCCCCCGCACCGCAUCGCCCGAGUUCUUGAGCUCCGCGAACUUCAGCGAACCGCAGAAUAUGCAAAAUGAAGGGCUCGUUUGGUAAUAUACGAAACAGUUGGCAACGCGCCUGCUGUUCCUCCAGACCUACACGCAGGAGAGGGAGCGGGAGCGGGAGAGGCAGUUGGAGAGGGAGAUGGAGCGGUUGCGACACCGAGAGCGCGAAGAGCAGUGAGGGAAUAGUAGCAGCAGCCAGCAGCAGUAGCAGCCAGCAACAACAGCCGCCGCCCACAGCCGAGGCACACACUAUGGACAUCUCGCUCUGGCGCAUGGCUUUCUGGCCAGACACACGAACGAACGACCAGCAGCCGAGAGAGAGAGAGAGAGAAAAGGAGUGAUUAAGAAGAGAGAGAGCUCGCUCGCGCAAUCGAGAGAGAGUUGUCGUCGUCGUGCCAUUCGCGCUCUCUCGCUCUCAGUCGAAUAUUUGGAGGCGAAAUUCUGCCCCAAACAAAAAGAAAACACCUCUCCUCUCCCCCAGCCCACGCCCUCUGCCAUUCAGCUGCUUUUGGUUUUGUUUUUGUUAUAUUUUAUUAUUAUUAUUUUUAUUAUUGUUCUAAUAUGUACU